AUGAACUUUUCAAGAAAAAGUUCAUGUUCAACACAUUACAAACCUCAUUAUGUACCACCAUAUGAACGAUUAUUACGACGAAAUCAGUUAUGGAAGCCUCAAAAGGUGAAACAAGAACGAGAUUUACAAGAAGAAUGUCGGACAGGAAAAUUAACACCAUUCCAACAGCCUAAAAAUUAUUUAUGUUAUUUUAUACAUGAACAAACUGAUAUUUUGAAAAUUGAUGAAUUAAUUGAUCAAGCAAAAUUAACAAAUCAUUUCUCAAUCGAUACUGAAGAUGAUGCAUUAACACAUAAACCGGCAACAUUACAAGUUGAAUUUAUUCGUCAAACAUUAGCAUCAAUUGUUAUUAUUAUUGAAGUUCAAUUUUUACCACCGGUUACAAAUCCAUUAUUUAAAAAAAUACAACAACUAUGUACAAUAAUAUUUACAUCCAAAAAUCAUAUUUAUUCAUGGGGUUCAGCAUCACAAGAACUUAAAAAAUUUAAUUCAUUUAAUCUAUUUAAUACAAAUAUUAAAAUUCAAGAAUCUGAUAUACAAGCCGAAUACAGUGGUGGUCAAAAAGCAGCAUUACAAAAAAUUAUUAAAUAUGAAUUUAAGGAAUAUUUAAACAAAACCGCUACAUUAGGUGAAUGGGCAUGCGGCAUUGAUUUAGUAUUAGGUACUUAUUUACCAUUAGAUGUAGUUGGUCCCGAACGUACAUAUCGAAUUAAAGCAGAGAAAAAAUAUCGAUCAAUAUUAAAAGAAUAUGCAAUAAAUGAUGUCUUUGCUGUUACUAAAUUAUCGUACAAAUUAAAUUUAAUAAAAUUUUUAGCAACUAAUGAUUAUAAAGAUAUUUCUGAAGAUGAAGAUAAUAUUGAUUUACAACCAGAAUUAUCAAUUGAUAUACCAUCAACAUAUGAAGAAUUAAUAGUUCAUGUAACCGAUGAACUAGAAGAAAUUAAUGAAGAUAAAUUAUCAUAUCAACAACGUGAAGACCUUGAACCAUCUCAACAAAUAAACAAUCAAAUUUAUGAAUCACUUAAUAGUAAUACAAUAUAUGUUGAACCAGAUGUUAUUGAAUUUCAACCUGAUGAUGAUAUGGAUACACAAUCUAUACCUGAAAUUAUGAAGCUUCAUUUUCAUCAUGAACCAGGUCAUCGACUUAUACAACAACAUCGUAAUGAACAGUCAUCACCUCGACAGAUGACAGUUCAUGUAAGAAAUGAACCGAAUCAGGUAAGAAAUCUCCAUCAUUUAGAUACAACAACAACAUUAACAAAAAAACAAAUACGAAAUCGAAAAACAAAUCUUCGUCAUCGUGCAAACCGUUAUCGAUUUAAAGUUAUUCGACGAGUUUAUCAUUUAUUUAGGCCUAAACAAAUUAAACGUAUAUUAAAAUCAAUGAAUAUUUAUACUCUUAAUGUCAAUGUGAUCCGACAUGAAUUAUGUAUUGGACUUAAAGAUCAGGCAACAGUGGACGAAGUAGAACGAUUAUUACAUGAUCGGAUGUUCACAAAACAACAUUACCAUCGUCUAUACAAGUAA